AAACCUCCGCCACAAUCAACUCGGCGACAGCGCAUUCGCGGCCGACGGCGUGCCCAAGUCCCUCGCCGUCAUUGAUGUGAGCCACAACGCGCUGACCUCCGUGCCCCCUGCGCUCCUCACGCGCGGCCUCGUCAACAUUUCGCUCAACAACAAUGCCAUCACGUCGAUCGAUGGUGUCCACUGGCCUCCGACGCUGCAGAUGCUAUCGCUCUGGAACAACUCGAUCCAGGAGCUCCAUGCAAACUUUCCGCCGAGUCUAACUCACUUGUGCUUGGCAGGCAACCCCCUCACGGCCUUGUACGCCAACCAGUCGCAGUUUGAUCUCUUGAGCAAGCUCUUGAACCCGAAUGUGACCUCCAUGACAACGAUCAACGACACGCGCAUCACGCUCUUUGACAUGUGCGGCAACGUGCUCUCGACAACCACGACCGCGUCCACGUGCAGCGUCGAGUACGAGACCAAGCUGCUCUACGGCGUCUUCCCCAUCUGCCUCGUCCAGGACGCGCCAUCCAGUGCAGGGCCGAUUUCGACGUCGACGGUUGUGAUAUUGGUCUUGUCUGUCUCGCUUCUGAGCGUGCUUGGCUGCCUCAUGUACCGACUGUGCCACAAGAAGCAGUGGUUUGAAGAACUCGAGGACCCGCCGCUCACGGGGCUCGCCGACAGCUGCCGGCUCUACCACGACGUGCGCUUUGAAGAGGCCUUUCAGGCGUACCGGAUCCCGGCCGCGGCCCUCGAGCGCCGGCGCAUUCUCGCGCGCGGUGGCUUUGGCAUUGUGUAUUUGGCAGCCUACCACGCGCAGCCGACGAGCACAAGCCGCACGUACGUGGCGAUGAAGCGGCUCUUGCCCUCGUUCGUCGACAACCCGCACGCGAUCGACGAGUUUAUGCAAGAAAUCCGCGUCUACGCGCAGCUCACGCACCCCAAGAUUGUCGCGUUCGUCGGCAUUACGUGGACGACCUUGUACAACAUGAGCAUCGUCACCGAGUACAUGCCGUACGGCGACGUGUGGAGCCUCCUGGUCGCCAACCCCAAGACGCUGUCGUGGGAGGCACCCAUGAUCGCCGACUCGGUCUUGCCGGCCAAGGAGGUGGCGUCGCUCGGGUCUCAACACAGCUUCACGGGCGACGCGUGGCGGUCGGCGCCAACGAUCUCGUCCGACACGUCGAGCUGCUUUCAGCGCGGCGCGGCCAAGCUGGGCAUUGCGAUGGACAUGGUCGAGGCCAUGAUGUAUUUGCACGGCUUAUCGACGCCUGUGAUCCACCGCGAUAUCAAAGCCCGAAAUAUUCUUUUGGGCCCGCACUACGAGGCCAAGCUCACCGACUUUGGCACGAGCCGGGCGCGCGAAGACGAGAUGACCAUGACGGCCGAGAUUGGCACGGCGGCGUGGAUCGCACCUGAGGUCCUCAAAGGCAUCCGGUACAGCGAGAAGGCCGAUAUUUAUUCAUUUGGUGUGCUCCUCUCGGAGCUCGACACGGCCGAGGUGCCGUACUCGCACGUGUACCUGGAACCGGGAUCGACCAUCACUCUGGCUCGCACCCGGAUUGCAAUGAUGGUCGUCAACGGCGAGAUUGCACCGCGCUUCACGCUGCAGUGCCCGUCCGGCAUCUAUGAGAUCGCGCGCCAGUGCCUCUCGUACAACCCGGACGACCGCCCGGACGCGACCGAACUCUUUGACCUGUUCCAGGAGUACCAACACUUUUUCGACGCGGCGAGUUAAUCCACCUUAUCUAUCUACCCCGAGGGCUAG